AUGGAUACAGAGAUUGUGGGAAGUACGGGAGAAACAGAUACAGAGAUGGCGGGGAGUACGGGAGAAACAAAUGCAGAGAUGGCGGGGAAUACGAGAGAAACAGAUACAGAAAUUGUGGGAAGUACGGGAGAAACAGAUAAAGAGAUGGCGGGAAAUACGGGAGAAACAGAUACAGAGAUGGCAAGGAGUACGGGAGAAACAGAUACAGAGAUGGCGGGGAGUACGGGAGAAACAGAUACAGAGAUGGCGGGGAGUACGGGAGAAACAGAUACAGAGAUGGCGGGGAGUACGGGAGAAAAUGAUACAGAGAUGGCGGGGAGUACGGGAGAAACAGAUAUAGAGAUGGCGAGGAGUACGGGAGAAACAGAUACAGAGAUGGUGGGAAGUACGGGAGAAACAGAUACAGAGAUGGCGGGGAGUACGUGA